AAGUUAAUGAGUGCUUCCGUUCCAACGAUAUCACUCCUAAGAGGUUUUAUGUCGACACCUUCGCCAAUGGUAUCAUCGUCUACACCUGCUUCUUUGAUCCUUGUGCUCAGAAGAAACUCGAGCAGCUUGCUCAAACUCUUCGUUAUGUUUGCCAUUUCAAGCACACUCCGAGGAAGUCCGCAUUGGUUUGGGAUCUUGUAUUGGAGAAUAAGAUAACUCCCGAGCAUGCUAUCUUCCUCAUUACUGCGGCCAAGUUCAUCUUCUCCUUCUUCCCCAAGGAGACUCAGGAGUAUCUUACUUUGGCUGAGUACUUCAAGAAUGAUCCUUCCAAGAAGAGCGAAUUGGAUACAUUAUUCCGGAACACUAUGUCCAAUGCUAUCACUUACGAAAGGAUCUAUGCGGCUCUUACUUCCAACUAUACUCUCACUCUUCCUAUGUUCGACGACUUCAAGAAGGUUGCUGCUGGUGAAUGCAAGCCCUUCUAUAAUGAGGAAUUGGCCGCAAAGAUUGAUGACCAAGUUGGAUCCCUUCUCGAUGCGAAGAUCUUGAAGACUCUCUUGAAGCUCAAUGCUCAUCUACAGAUGACCAACUUCUUCAAGCCUACUGGAACAGCUUCUGCAAUCGCAAUGAGGUUCGACGGCGAGGUCUUGGCUGAUCGUCCGAGGACCCUCUUCCCCACCAUCCCUUAUGCCGUCUACCUUGUCGUUGGCAAGAGCUUCUAUGGUUUCCACAUUCGAUUCACUGAGAUUGCUCGUGGUGGUAUCAGACUUAUUCUAUCAAGGGACGGACGGGUGUACAAGAAGAACUGUGCUACUUUGUUGGAGGAGAACUACAACUUGGCCUUCACUCAGCAGUUGAAGAACAAGGAUAUCCCCGAGGGUGGAUCGAAGGGUACCAUUCUCAUGGAUGUAGACUCUCAGAAUUUGAACACCAGUGGCCGCGAGGCUUUCAAUAAUUACGUCGAUGCCCUUCUCGAUUGCAUCCUCUCCAAGGAGACCGGUAUUUACUCCAAUCUGUCCAAGCCUGAGAUGCUAUUCUUUGGCCCUGAUGAGAACACUGCUGGAUUCAUGAAGUUGGGUGCUCUGAGAGCGAAGGCUCGUGGUUACACAUAUUGGAAGUCUUUGACUACCGGCAAGUCUGACGUUCUCGGUGGUAUCCCUCAUGAUAAGUACGCCAUGACUACCAACUCCAUCCAUCCUUACGUUACGGAGCUUCUGGAGAAGUUGGGUUUGGAGGAGUCUAAGCUUACUAAGGUCAUGUCCGGUGGCCCCGAUG